AUGUCGUUUCAACCAACGAACAGAUCAUUACCCGGCUCGGGCUCAAGCGGCAGCCAGACUGGCGCCAGUCUCAGACAACUUGCGAUACAUACCUUGGAUCAGCCCCAUCAAGACACCGUAAGGAGUGCGAUUGCCCGGAUUCUUGACACAGACAUUGCAGAAAUCACAUAUGCUCAAAUCAUUGAUGGCCUGCCUUUGGGCGAAGUUGCGUUUGAAUCAAGAGGGGGAAUGCCUCAUAGUGACCAUCCUAUCAAUCAUUGCCACGACAAGCUUUGCGAUGGGAUUUUGAAUAGGGCACGAGAGUUUCACAGAACUUUUGACCCUAAUAGGUUUCAUUUUGACUCAAGACUUCUCCUUACAUUCCAGGCUGCUUCUCCUGGGUCACGAUCUUUCAAUACACGUCUCAUCGAGAUAAUUGCGAUAGCAGUUCAUCAAAUUGCCGCACUUCUCUAUGGGCUUGAAGAAGGACUGCACAAGAACGAUGGUGUCAUUGAAUGGGCACCACCAAAGUCCGAAAAGAUCUGGUGGGCACAUUGCCCAAAUGGUCCUGAACCUACGAUGUUCUUCCACCCUUGGUAUCUAAGUCACGAUAGGUACCCCAACGGGAUAGCAGACAUGGUUGGAUAUUGGGCUGAAUCCAGAAUUCUCGGUGGUGUCGUUUUAUUCGACCGGCGCCAGCCAGUACCAGGCUCUGGCGUGGACCAGGAUGCUGUAUACAUUCACCCUGACAGAGACGACGUAACUUAUAGAAUCUGUCGCUUGACGUCUGAGCAAAAGCUGCAGCUACUUAAGUUUCUUACUGCCGAGGAGCCAGGCCAGAACCCUCUACCAAUUCUGCCUGAUGAGAAAAACGAUUACCGCAUUGACCCGGAAGAGUCUCCCGAGGAAACUGGGAUAUACAGGGAUACAUGGGAUCGCUCAGAACUUCGUGAAGAUGCGUAUGAUCAAAGACUGAGGGACGUUUGGAAUAAAUUGGAUUAUCUCACUCAUAGUGACAAAGGCAAUGCUGGAGACCGAGCAAUGGAGAGAAGAAACAGGAUAUUCUACGCAUAUUCUGAUGACGAGGCCUGA